AUGGAAAACCAAGAAAAGAGUAAAACAGUACAACAAACAGUUUCAGAACUCAUCCAAACAGGAGAAUUUAAGAAAGUUAUAGAAAGGAUAAUAGAAGAACAUGAUCUGAAAAUCUGUGACUUAGAGACAAACUUAGAAAUAAUAUUAACAAAAAGUAAAAUAAAAGAAGGUGCUAUUAAGUUCAUUAAAGAAAACAUCAAUAAAAUUGAUGAAGAAAUUAGAAAGAUAAAAGAAGAAAAUGAAAAAACAAGCAAAGAACUUAAAGGGCAUGAAAUUCAAAUAGAUGAAAAUACAUUAAAUAUAGAAGUACAAAAUUAUUUAAUCAAUAAAAUUAUGAAAGAAAUAAAGGGCGAAAGAAUUAGUGAAGAAAAAAUAAAAGAACUAGUAGAAGAAGAGUGCAAAAAGAGGUAUCUUCAGAAAAGAAAAGAGAAAAAUGAAAGGAGAGAAGGGUUGGCCAAU